ACCGGCUUCAGUCGAACGCCGUUCUUCCGUUAGUGCGCGUGCUCCGUGCCGGUGUGCGAGUUUCUGUGUUGUCAUAUAUUAUUAUAUCUAAUCUAAAAUAGCCACGCGACGUCAGUAUAUUAGCCGAUACAUUUGUGUUUAUAUUUUGUUUUAGUUUUUCACAUACAGGAGUCUGUGUAAUAUAUUAUUAAUUUCGAAGUUCUUUUCAAAAAAUAUGUGUCGUGUUAAAUCAAAAAUGCAUGCUUAACCCAUCUGCGGAGUUCCGUGUGUGUGUACCUAUGUGCCGCGCGUUAGUGCCUCGUUCAAAUUUGGAUUUUAUACACCUAUCAUAGUCGUGGUGAUACGGAUUAGAGGGAUGUCUUUUCUAGUAUCCGAGUGCUGAAGGUUCCAUUCAAAAGCCGAUCAAUCAAAUCACAUAGAACAAUUAAGACAAACGAUGUCCUUGCAGAUGCCGGUGACGGAAGACACGCCUCCCGACAUGCUGUCUGGGGCAAUGGAUCUGAACGUGAUUUUGCCUAACGGUUCCGUGAUCAAGAUGAGCGUCGAGAGAAGUACGCCAAUGAUGGACUUACUUGUGCAGAUCACAACUGCCCACAAACUAUCGCCAGGCAGUCACGCGUUGCACGCUAUCGGAGACCGCGGAGUCUUACCGUACAAACCCAGUACUCCUAUCGGUGCCCUAGAUACAUGGACAGUAAACAUCGUUCCUAAAAACUUAAGUAAAAAUGGCAGGUAUCAAAGCCAGUCUAUUCUGAAAUGCAUAUCAAAACCGUUCGAACAAACGUUCCGUCUUCAGGUGCAUUUACCGAGAAAUCAGUUGUACGUCUCCCGAAUAAGUCCAAAAACACAACUAAACAACAUUCUUAAACAAGUAUGUUUCGAGAAAAAUCUUGAUCCCACCAAGUACACAUUAAGGAAACCAGACAAAUUGAACGAGCCCUUAGACUUGAGUAAAACAUUAGUUGAGUAUAAACUACAACAAUUGUCUCUUGUGCUGAAUACUAAUCGCACUCUCAUCGGCGGCCUAUCUUCAGAUGACAUUAUGUCCCGGGCCUCUAAAAAAUUUUCGUGUGAUGAUAGUUUGAGUAGUGGAAGUUUGGGUGGUAGAAGUUUGAGUCCGACUAGAUCAGAUGAAUCUUCAGACACUCCACGUCGUUCAUUAAUGGUCAAAGUAUUACCAUCUAGACCGGUUCGAAAAAGAAGACUAGCGCCAAAGCCGCCAUCGCAACAACGAAGUGCUCCAGAACAAACAAUAAUAUCACAUUCGCGAAAUAGUUCUGAUAGUAGUGGAUACCACGAAUCAUCAGUCCUUAGUGAUGCUGUUGAUGGCAGUGUUGGAAUAACGAGGACUAUAAAUUUUUCUCCUACUAAAACGUCUGGCCCGACCAUGUCGCGUUCAAUGACCAAUCUUCAAGCUUGCGGACAAAAUCAGAACCAGUUCUCCGAAAUACCUUUUAUGUCUAACAACAUAGGUCAAUCAAAACACUCUGUAUCUACUACAUCACUUAUAUCAAUUCAAAGUCGUAAAAAGAAAGCUGCGCCCCUUCCACCUCUAGCAAAUAAGCCCAAACUUGCACCGCCACAAGAAGAAUCUGAAAGUGAACCAGAAACACAGAGAAAAUCGCAAACACUACCUGUUACUACAAAAAUGUAUAUAACAGAUCCACAAGAAAAAUCAAAAACUGUUUCCAGAAUAGAACUGAACAAUAAUGUAGUUGAACCUAAUCUAUCCCCAGCAACAUCCUCAUUGUCAUCACUUAGUCGAUCAGAUGUAGAUAGAGAUUUGACUGAACCCACAUCUCCCACAUCCUCGAUUGUAAUAGGUUGUAAAUACUUAUCAAAAUUGGAAGUGAAAUCGAAAAGACCGGCGCCUAAACCACCUAUGCGAUCUUCGUCUAUAAACCUACCAGAGGCGUCCAAUCCACCUGGAGAUUUGACAACAGUACCUCAAUUAUCUUCAGGUUCCACUGCCGACGAAGACGAGUUGCGUAUGGACGAUGAAGAAAUCGAUCGUAUAUUUGGAGAUGCAACUAGUGGUUAUGAUACACCAUCUAUUGUUACCGUAAAAGAAAACAACACAGACGUUACAGAUAUUGAUUGGGAAUACAAAUUACCUGAUCCUCCUUCAGCUUUUAGGGAUGACCAUUCUCCUGCAAUGACGAUGUUCGAUACAGUAACCAUCGGUAACCUUAAGGAUGUCGUCUUUCAAGAGGAACUUUCUGUUAAUCCAGUAAAAGUUAAAGAAGAUAGCAUCUCAGUUCAAGAGUCUGUAAAAAAAAUAAUUGGGGACGAAUACCAUUGUUUCCCUCAAGACUCGGGAAUUGGAUCAGAUGAUUCAUCAUUGCCGUCAAGUUGUGAAGAAAAAAUACAUGCAGAUGAAAAGCCCGUUAAAAUUGUAGAACCAAAAGAAUCUAAACUAAACAAUUUUAAAAUUGUAGCUUAUAAUGAAGAUUGCUCUAGACCAACAGAAAUAUUCUGUGAUGAGUCGGUUAAAACAUGGAGGACAACACAAAUAGCUCGAGAAUCAAAUCCUGCAUACAAAACGCAAACCACUAACUCAGUUAAUAGACACAAGUCGUUCAGUAUGGAUAGAACUAACUUGUCCGUAACAGUCAAACGGAGUACGUCACAUAUUAGUCUUUUGAGUGGUAAUAUAAAACCAUCGAAUCGGUUGGCUAAACACUAUAUUGGACGAACUUAUUCUUCUGAACGACUUGAUUAUGAUGACAAGUCACCGGUGAAAAGAUCAUUCAGUGUAGAUAACAUAACAGAGGAUGCUCAAGAAAAUUGCCAAAAUGACAACGAAAUCGAAAUACUACCAAAAAAAAUUGAACCUACAUUAGAACAAUCUUCUCCCUUACACUCGCUUCAGAUAUUAAAAACAAUUCUACCCCAAAUUGAAGAUCAUAAAGAAAACACAGAAAAUAACAAUUUGAGUUUUGAUGAAGUUUCCAAUAUUCCAAAUACAUCACUUUCAGAAACAAUAUCAGAAAAAAGCAGCGAAGGUCCGUUGAAUGAGGAAAUUCUUUAUAUGAAUAUGUCAAAACCAAAUAUAGAAACAACGGAAUUCAAUGAUUCACCAACACGAAUGGCUUUUCUGAAAUCUACGUGUCAAGAAGUGAAAUGUGAACAGAAGCCUGUGACAAUGGAAAGUUCAACUACUGUCAAACACGUUCAAUCCAUAAAUAAACUCCACGAAGAGCCUAGUAAAAACGAUAUAUUAAAUUUGCAUAGUGGAUUUCGUAAUGAAAACCCGGAAGCCCAAAUACCAGUCAAUAAAGACGAAAAAGUUAAGAGGUAUUUGUACACGGGUCCUCCAAAAAUCAGCUUAUCCACGUGGAACGAACGUCCCAAAAGGCAGGUCAGCAUCAAAACCGACCGAGACUACGUUAUUGGCAUUAGACAAAGGUUACAGCAAAAGACCGAUGGUAAUGCUAAUAAGUCGUUAGAUGAAGACCACUUCAAUAAGCCUGUGUCCAGGGUACCGAUAGUGAAGUCGGUCGAACUGAAGAAACCUUACGCUGAACAAUUACAAACGUCUAGCCCAGUUCUGGCACUAUCCGAAGCAAUCAAAGUUGAAGCUAAACUCAGUAAUGAACUGAAGAAACCUUAUGUUGAACAAUUGCAAACGAUUAGCCCAGUUAUGGCCCUAUCCGAAGCAAUUAAAGCUCAAGCCAAGCUCAGUAAUGGCUACAGUUACCACGGCAAUGCGAUAGUUUUGACCAGUGAAAAUGACGACAACGUAAUACUAAGAUCGUUGGAAAAGAAAUCAUCCACUGAUAGCUCAUACACUUUUGGCAAACUAAUGGGUCGGUCUAGAAAACCUAGGGAAAUUUCAACGAAUGUCGACCCCAGGGAGAAUCUACUCGAAUCAAUCAGAUCGUUUGGGGGCAGAGAUAACCUAAGAAAAAUUAGAGCAUAGUUCCAAUAGACUUAUUACUAAACUCACUAACAUUUUACUUAAUUAUUAUCAAAUGAAAUAAUAUUAUAUGUUAUAAGUCUUUGCGUAAUAGUUUUGUUUGUUUUGUAUUAGAACCACUAAGACAUUAAGGUCAAUUAUUUUUAAAAAUUUCUUUAACCUGUGGCUUAUCAUUUAGUUUAUAAAUUGAUUGUAAAUUAUUUGAAUGGCACAUGUCCAAAUUCAAAAAUAAUCCUCUGAUUAUUUAUUACUCAUUCGUGAACUUUGCUAUUGUUCCUUGAUUUUUUAUAAAAAAAUAAUUUUCUGAUCAAAAAUUACGAAACCAAAAUGUGUAGUCCUGUUCCAAUUAUUGCAAUUUGCUUUUAUUAGAGAUUUUCAAUUUUAAAUUGAAUAACUGCAUUAUAAACAAUAUAAACUACUUGGCGCUCAACAAAACUUUUUGUUUGCAAUCAGUUCUGUUUUCUGUGUUUCUGUUAUAAAUGAAACAUUGACUAACACCCACUGAUGCUUAUUAUAGGUGUAAUACCUUUUCUAAUUUAGUUGUCCUGUUAAUUGUUUUUUUUUUUUUUUGUGUUUAUACAAAACUAUAGACUCGAUAAUAUUAUUAAAGUCAAAACCAAAACCAAAUAUUUGUGACAAUUUGUAUUUUCAUUAUAUAUUUUACACAUUUGCUCAAUAUUUCUAAAAUUUUAGAUAUCGUUUUAAUAAAUAAUUUUGGAAUUGUUUUCGUUAACCAAAAUGAUAUUUUAAAUUAUAAUAUUAUGUUACGUAUUUACCUUAUUAUCGCAAAUUAUUCACUAUAAUAGUCGUUUAUUAGAUAGAUCAUUAUUGUUACGACCUAUAGGAGCCAAUAUAAUAUUGCUCAUUGUUAUUUAUAUUGUAUGUAGUAUGUAUUUCAUUUUUUUUUUACACUAUUUGUUUUAUAGAAUAAUCUUUAAUACAUAUUAUUUAUACUGAUACUAAUACAAAUAUUGGAAUUUAAUUAAAGGGAAAAUUUUAAAUCACCCAAAAAUUUAUAGACUAAAAUAUAUUAUGUACAUUUUUAUUAUUAUUUUAUGUUUGAUUGUUUUGUGUUAUGUAAAUAAAAUAAUGUAUACUGUUA